AUGCUUUGGAUUGCAGUGCCCAGUUCGCCAGUGCUCUGUUCCUACUGCCACGCCCAGGGCGUCGUCCAUGGGCACGUGCCUUUGCGACGUGUGGCUGUAGAGACAGUGCGGAAUCGGCACAUCUGCCGCCAAGUGGAUUUCAGCAUGGCAGCCCAUGUUCCAUUUUCCAGCGCAAGGGAGACCCUGUGCGGAUCUCUGCCGUGCGUGGCUCCAGAGGCGGCGCUGAACGAUACGUAUUUCCCUGAACCAGCUGAUUGUUGGAGUCUUGGGAUGCUGCUCCUGGAGACCGCUUGCGGGCAGUGUUCGCUCAAGUUGUCGGUUCAGUGGUGCCGUGGCAAGUCCCUCGCAUACGCGCGUGCAGGAGUGCAUGCAGCUCACAUUUUAUGCGCAGGCUUCCUGCGUCAAGUUUCUGCGCCAAUUGCAUUCCAAGCGAGGUCAGUGCCCACGAGGCCUGAUGCUUACAUCUGA